UUCUCAUACCAAUGUUCCUGUGUGACGUUUUUCAAAGAGCAAUGACGAUGACGUGGUAUUAUGAGUUUUCCUCUUUGAACUUGCAGUGACGUGGUCGUACAACGCCAGGGCCACAUUUCCCGUCGAACAACGCGUCCAAGCACAAGGAUUGGCACGGAUUGCUUUCCCAACGUCGGAGAUUGGCUCGUCUCCACUCUCCAAGAGGCUUCUUUCUCUGGGCAAUACACGCACUGGUACACCGUGGAGACAGAUUGGCUGUAGAUAUUUGACGAGUGUUUCACUUCUCUUCACAAGUUUGGUUGUUUUUCCCUUCGAGCAAAAACCCAACUGACAACUUUCACCGUGUGGAAUCUUCCGUUCCCUUCGCCGCCAAACACUUUUCGUUUGUCCUUCUUUGCCUUGAUCAUUACUUUGCCUCCACAUCAUGUGCAUUUUGCCUGCAUCCGACGAAGUCAAAGAGGUCCACAGCGAUCCAAAAGGUGCUGUCGACGACGCUGAGAGCCCUGAACCUUCCUCCUUCCAGGACGAAUGCACUAAGCUUGACCUUGACGGUGCUGCAAGUGUCGUCAUGAGCGAAGAGGACUAUGGCGACAACGGUGUCUCUGCCGCCGACGAGAAAGGUCCCGCCUUAGCCGCGCAGGAAACUAGAUUGGUCAACUUGUCCAAACUCUUGGUGGCUUUCGUGAUUACUGUUCUUGCCUUCUUGAUUGGUAUCGUCACUCGUUCCUUUCUAGUCUCGGAAGAACAGAGCCAACAUAAAGAACAGUUCAAUGCCAUUGCAGAUGAAAUCAUCAGCAUCACUCACAUCAGAUCCAAAAGUGUAUUUGAUAACCUCGAGUCUGUGGGUGUUAGUUUGACAGCCCAAGCUCGAGCGGUCAAUGCUCAAUGGCCGUUUGUCUACUUUGCAGACUUUCAAGUGCAAGGAAUGAUCUCCAACCAGAUCACCGGAGCCAACACUCUGACAAUCCAUCCACUUGUCCAAGAUCAAGACAGGGAAGAAUGGGAACAGUUCUCGGUAGACAACCAAGGUUGGAUCGAGGAUGCGCAUGGAUAUGACGAACACGUGCAUCCAGUCCUGUACAAGAGAGACUUCUUCAACGAUACCGCUGACGACGACGGCCGCUUGAGUAGUCCAGGAAUAGGCUCCCUCGAGAUUAACCCCAGCAUUUGGACCAUUGAUGACAACGGGAAUACGCAAGAUGUAACCUCCAGCUCUUCCAAAGUUUAUUCUCCCUUUUGGCAACGAGCACCUGCCGUCGACUUUUCUCCUUCUGUCAAUCGAGAUUUGCAGAGUGUUGAGAUGUUUGAAAAGGUGAUUGAAGGGAUGCUCGAAACUGACCAUCCCGUUAUGACUUCCGUCACAGACGCAGCUUUCCUCAAGGAGAAGUAUGACCGUCGCUUCCCUGCAGAAGAGAAGGAGAAGCCCCAUAUCUACCUCCUAAGUCCCAUCUAUGACAGCCUCUUUGUCAAUCGCACUGCCGUCGGGUUCCUCUCUGCCUUGUUCCGAUUUGACAACUUCUUCGUAAACAUUCUUCCUGACAAAGAGAAAGGAAUCAUCAUUGUUUUGGAUGGCAGCUGUGGGGACACGUAUAGUUACCUUGUCUCCGGUCACGAGGCAGAGUUCAUCGGAUCAGGUGAUCAUGCCACUCACAACAGACACAUGGCUCGGGAAUUCCACAUCGCGCCAUUUGCAUUGCUAGAAGAGACAGAAGAUGAAACCUAUUGCCAGUACAGUGCAAAGGUCUACCCGUCUGAAGAAUGGAGCGCCAAGUUCUUUACAAACCAGCCAGUUCAAUAUGCCGCAGCCAUCGUAGCAUGCUUUGUUGUGACAUCGAUCGUCUUCAUCCUGUACGACUGUCUCGUGCAGAAGCGCCAAGCAAAGGUGAUGGAUUCAGCUACAAGGACGCAUGCGAUCGUAUCAUCUUUGUAUCCGUCCACAGUCCGCGAUCGCUUGAUGGAGGAAGUGCAAGCCAAGGAAGCCAAGACCAAAACACGAAGAAAGUUCGAGGAUGACAGUGCCUCGAUGUCGCUUGCUGGUUCUCCCUGUGAAACUAGUGAAACCAUCUUCGGAUCCAAGCCAAUUGCAGAUCUUUUCCCUUCCACCACAAUCAUGUUUGGAGAUUUGGUUGGUUUCACUUCAUGGAGCUCCGAAAGAGACCCUUUGCAAGUGUUUACGUUACUGGAAACAAUCUAUCACUCGUUUGAUGUCGUGGCGAAGAGGAGACGAAUUUUCAAAGUGGAGACAAUUGGCGAUUGUUACGUAGCGGUUUGCGGUCUGCCAACUCCGAGAGAGGACCACGCCGUGGCCAUGGCACGAUUUAGUCAUGAGUGCCGCAACAGAAUGAACCUUUUGGUCACUCAACUCGAACCCGUUUUAGGGCCGGGUACUAGUGAUUUGGCAAUGAGAAUUGGACUCCACAGUGGUCCUGUGACAGCAGGUGUGCUUCGUGGAGAAAAAGGUCGAUUCCAGUUGUUUGGUGACUCUGUGAACACUGCAGCCCGCAUGGAAAGCAAUGGUGCGAAGAACAAGAUUCAUCUCUCGCAAGAAACUGCAGACCUUCUGAUUAAAGGAGGAAAAGAGAAAUGGGUCAUGGCUCGAGAAGAGAAGAUCCAUGCGAAAGGCAAAGGAGAGCUUCAGACCUAUUGGUUGAAUGUCAAAGCAAGCGAAUCAGAGGGAAGCUCCAUCACAGGUGAUGGCACAACAGAACGCGGGAGUGUUGUCUCUUCAACGGAGUUUGCUCCGCCCGUGAAUAAACCCUGGGUUGAGGUUAAGCUGGAACGAGAUGUUGAAAGUGCAUAAUCAACAGAGCGAGACAUGGUGAUGGCUUGUACAUGUAUUGGGAAAAGGGAACAUCACUGCUGAGUGAUCAUGUAUCUUAUGCAUUGUAUGUCGUGAAGCAUACAAUCUUUCAUAGGCGUGCAGAUUUGGAUAAUGCUGCUCUAUAGCCAAAAAUGUAUUUGUGGUGAU